CUCAUAUGGGCCGCCAUUUUAUGCUGGGCCCACUCUUCCAAAGCGGGAGAAAAUUUUAAGGCUGACGCUUAGCUCACUCGUACAUGGGGAGCGGGAUUGAAGGGAUCAAGGGUAUUCACUCAACUUCCAAGUGAAUAUAAUCAGAAGCAGAAGCAGUAAACAGGUGUUGUUGGGCCCAUUGCCAUGGAGGGCGAGGUUGUUUCCAUGGAUGCUGCUGUUGAUGGAAAGGUCCUAUCAGAGGGUGGAGAGGCUCUGUUACAGGGCACAGCUGUAGCUCAGCAGGGAGAGGUGACUGGCAACAUGGAGAUGAUGGUCAUGGAUGCUCUAGACCCAACUCUUUUACAAAUGAAGACUGAAGUAUUGGAAGGAGGUGGCACUGUGACUGUCACUGGCGGAGAUGAAGGUCAAAUCAUUACUCUUCAGGUAGUUAACAUGGAGGAGCAGGCAGGUGCUGCUUUGGGACUUGGGCAGCUUCAGCUGGUUCAGGUGCCAGUCUCAACUACAACAGUGGAAGGUCUUCAGGCAACUUAUGUUGAGGCUCCUGCAGCUAACAAGGAUGCAGAACCUGUCAUCUGUCACACACUGCCUUUGCCUGAAGGAUUUCAGGUGGUAAAAGUGGGUGCCAAUGGUGAAGUGGAGACUGUGGAGCAUGAGGAACUUCAGGCAACCCACGAGGACCUUCAAGGAGCAGUAGAGGAGGAGGAAGAGGAGGAGGAGAACAUUGGAGAGGAGAUGCCCCCUCAGGACCAGGAAGACCCAGAUUAUCAGCCUAUUGCAACUGUCCGCAAAGUAAAGAAGGGAAAGAAGAGCAGAUUGCGUUAUGCUGAGGGGGACAGGGACAUGGAUGUGUCGGUUUAUGACUUUGAAGAAGAGCAGCAAGAGGGGCUGCUGUCUGAAGUGAAUGCUGAGAAAGUUGUGGGUAACAUGAAACCACCUAAACCCACAAAAAUUAAAAAGAAAGGUGUUAAGAAGACCUUUCAGUGCGAAUUGUGUAGCUACACCUGUCCACGUCGCUCCAACCUGGACCGUCACAUGAAGAGCCACACAGACGAAAGACCACACAAAUGUCACUUGUGUGGAAGGGCCUUUAGAACAGUCACGUUGCUCAGAAACCAUCUCAACACUCACACAGGUACACGUCCUCAUAAAUGUACUGACUGUGACAUGGCUUUUGUGACAAGCGGCGAGCUGGUGCGCCACCGUCGCUAUAAACAUACACACGAGAAGCCAUUCAAGUGCUCCAUGUGUGAUUAUUCUAGUGUGGAGGUCAGUAAGCUGAAAAGGCAUAUCCGUUCCCAUACUGGAGAGCGGCCUUUUCAGUGCAGCUUAUGCAGUUACGCGAGCAGAGACACAUACAAGCUUAAGAGACACAUGAGGACACAUUCAGGUGAAAAGCCCUAUGAGUGCUACAUUUGUCAUGCACGCUUCACACAGAGUGGUACAAUGAAGAUGCACAUUCUCCAGAAACACACAGAGAAUGUGGCAAAGUUCCACUGCCCACACUGUGACACGGUUAUUGCUCGAAAGAGUGACCUUGGAGUUCAUUUGAGGAAGCAGCACUCAUUUAUUGAAACUGGGAAAAAGUGCCGUUACUGUGAUGCUGUGUUCCACGAGAGAUAUGCUUUGAUUCAACACCAGAAAACCCAUAAGAAUGAGAAACGCUUCAAGUGCGACAUGUGUGACUACUGCUGUAGACAGGAGCGUCACAUGGUGAUGCACAAGCGAACACACACUGGAGAGAAGCCCUUUGCCUGCAGUCAAUGUGAGAAGACAUUUCGGCAGAAACAGCUCCUGGACAUGCACUUCAAACGCUACCAUGAUCCAAACUUUGUCCCUACAGCAUUUGUGUGUAGCAAAUGCAACAAAACCUUUACCCGCAGAAACACCAUGCUUCGCCAUGCUGACAACUGCACGGGUGAAAAUACAGGUGACGAAAAUGGAACUCCACCCAAGAGGGGACGUCGGGGGCGGAAGAGGAAGAUGCAGUCAAAGAGAGAUGAUGAUGAUGAUGAUGACGACGAUACCGAAAUGGAGGAGGAGGAGGAGGAAGAGGAGGAGGAAUAUGAUCUCCUUGCUGAGAUGGAGAUGGAACAGGCCUCACCAGUUGUUCCUGUACCAGCCCCAGAGCCCCCAGUGAAGAGGAAACGUGGAAGACCCCCAAAGAACAAGCCACAAGCUGCUGCUAUCAUUCGGGUGGAGGACGAGGUUACCGGAGAAGUGAAUGAUAUCAUUGUGAAGAAGGAGGUAGGAGCUGAACAGGAAGAUGACAUUGCGGAAGAAGUGAUUGUUGGUGAAGGAAACGCUACGAUUCAGAUGGAAGAGCUGUCCCAAGUGGAAGAAGCUGUGCAGGAUCCGCAGUUAACAGAGGCCCCACCAAAUGGAGAUCUGACUCCUGAAAUGAUCCUGAGCAUGAUGGACCGGUGAUGGCCUCGGUCCGGCUGUAUUGAUGACCUCCCUCUUUCACAUCACGUGUUUAGAUUGAAACUUGCAGCCUGCACAAAAAUCACUGUAAAUCAACAAUUUUAAUCAUGUAUGUAUCCAGACUGGGGUACAGAUCUUACAACAGAAUGGCAUACCAAAAUUAUUUGGGGUAAAUACUGGCUGCAUUUAAUGCCAGUGUCCUCCAGCCCAGUGUCCUUUGAAAUUAUUUUAUGGUCUUCAUCAGGUUUGAUUACAAGGUCACCAUCUAUUCUGAAGAGCCUUUUUCUCAGAUUAGAUUUAAAAACUAAAACUGUACGAGCUGGUUAUUGCAGCAACAUGUCUGUUUUCAAAGGGGAUCCUGGUGUUAAAUGUUGCCAUGAUAUUGGAUAGUUUGUGUGAGUCUGUACUAGUUUUUAAAUGCUUCUAGACUGCUUAUCUUAUGCUCUAUUGUAAUCCUAGAUGCAUAUGUACUAUAGACAUGGAUUAGGUGCAAGAAAAUAUUAGUUUGCUUUUUUGUAGCCAUUCCACUCUUUGGUUUGUCCUGCCUUUUGUACAACUGGUAGUGCUGAAUAAUAUUUUUAAAGUUCGAAGCAAAAUGAAAUGUAUAGCUGUGAAACCAUCAAAAAAAAUCUGCACCAGUUACUAUUAAUUACCAAUGUUUUUAACUGUGCUUUGGAAGAGAGUGAUUAUGUUACAGUUCAAUGAUGGCAUUGUAUUUUUCAGAACCUGGCUGAUGCUAACACAGAAUCUCUGUAUUUUGCUUGCAAUUAUAUUUUAUUAAACAGACGAACUGUUAUUAAA